AUGACGAAGGUCUUCACCACCCCAACAUCCCUUGAUCGUGUACUAUCACCAGAAAUGAAAGAUUCAGUGACAGCCGUGGAGAAGAUCGUCGGCUACAACUUCAAGAACAAGAAGCUUCUAGAAGUAGCUCUCACCCACCCCUCCUAUAAACGCCUUGGCCUUGCGACCCUUGGCGACAGCGCUCUUAACCUUGCAAUGACCAACCACUUCUGUUGUAUGGCUGACCACCGUCAGUUCAGCGAAGGCCAACUCACUUUGCUACGCUCUGCCAAUGUUAGCAACCACAAACUCGCCUGCGUCGCCGUUCGUCAUGGCCUUUAUCGCUACCUUCGCCACAAUGAACCUGCUUUUGAUGAUAAAAUUGGGGAGUUUGUUGAAGCAGUAAUUAAUGGAGAAGAAGACGUGGGGUUCUUUGAGUCCGAUGAACCCAAGGUUCUUGCAGAUAUUGUUGAGUCCGUGGCAGCUGCUAUUUACAUUGAGCUAAAUUUUGAUCUUGUUAAACUAUGGAUGAAAUUUAAGCCUCUUUUGGAGCCUAUAUAUACUCUUGAAAACUUGCGAGAUCACCCGAUGACAAUAUUGAAAGAGUUUUGCGAGAAGAGCGGGAAGCGCCUUGACCUUAGUGGAUCGGAUUCUGCAAAACGGAAGAAUACCGCACAGCGUAUUGCUGCUAAACAAGCUAUACAAAAGUUGUCGCAAUUGAUGGAUGUAAACAACGAAGGUACUGCAGCUGGAAACGACAACUCAUUUCGUAUUGAAGAAGCGACGCAUGAGUUGCAUGUGCGUUGUGCCAAGAAGUGGUUGCCUAAACCAGCUUACAAAAAGGAGAAGGUAUCAGGUCCUCCACCUUCACCCAAAUUUGUAUACUCAGUUCAAGUGGAAACUUCAGAUGGUACCGUGAAAUCUGUGAAGGGAGAUGAAAAGUCAAGAAUACAAUAUGCGAAGAAUUCUGCAGCUCACAAGAUGAUCCUUACUUUACAAGAAUAUGAUAAUGUGAUCAACACCAAAGAAUCCGAUUUCGAAAUGGGCUAUAUUCCCUCACUCUACACACUUGAGGCUAAGGCCUAUAGGGUGAUAAGAAGUCUCUUGGUGUUUUGUUUGAAGGGAAUAUGUCUGCUAGUUAUUGUCUCUGUUUUGGCCAGCUUAGUUGCUGAGGGGUAUGAAUUCCCAACCAGACUUGGCAAGGCAUGA